GCAUAUUUCAACCUGCUUAUUAACAGAUUGGUAUGGCAAAACAGACAAACUCUACGAAUUAUGGGUAUAAAGGGGUUUAACGAGAUGUGUGGGAUUUUUAUAGCGGGUUUGACUGGAGCAGCCCUGAGCUGUGCGGAGAUCCCUACUGUUUUGUCUGGAAGAUCAACAAGGUUGGGUCUGAGUGACGAGAUGAGAAGAGGUGUUCUGCAUGGCCCGAAAAAAUUAGAAUGGCCUGGACUAAGACUCUCUUUGAAUUAGG